AUGGGACCACAGGAGUUCACACGCCGGCUUCACCGUCAACUUGCCCGAAACCGAAACCAUGGGUUUGAACAACUUCACGUCUGUGGUCGGACCGGUUACCUCAUCAAAGCCACUCUUCUAUUACACGGAUACACUGUGAUAAUCAAGGCUACCACGGCGGACAAGCAGCAUCUCAUUCAAGCAGAGGCAGACAAUUACGGUUAUCUCAGGAGCCUGCAGGGAAAGCACAUCCCCGUCUGUCUUGGGACAUUUACGCCACGAGUCUCAUAUUGGUACCACGGCGAACCAAUGGAGCAGAUGAUGAUCCUAAGCUGGUCAGGAAGCAGGCUUCAGCACGUCAUCAACGAUGACAACUCGAGUUUCUUCCACAAGGAGUGCGAGAAGGCCCUGGCUGUGCUCCGCUCACACGGGGUGGUCCAUGGCGACAGUGAGUGGCGUAAUAUGUUGUGGGAUGACAUGGGCGGUCGUUUGAUUGUCAUUGACUUGGAGGACAUGAAAUGGUUGAAGCGCCCUCGGGCACUUGAACCAACCUCUGGCAACACGCGGCAUGGUCAUCGCGUCGGAGAAGAGAAAAGCAGACAAAGGCUCCUAUCCAGCUCAACUGCUGUAUGCACAUGA